AUUAUUGUUGUUUUGCGAAUGGUCGAGUAUUAUAAUCACGGACGGUCAUUUAUCAAAUGAAAAUAAUUUUAAUUGAUUAAAAAAUAUUAGUGAUUUAUAAAUAAAAAAAAAUUGGUGAAAUAUCUGUAUUGAGUCGUUGAAGGCUGUAGUUUUCUAUUAUUUUGUGAAAGCUUCAUUGUAAUGCCUAUUUUCUGCAUGGGAUACAGAUUUUCCUUUUGAACUAACUUUAAUGCAGAACUCACAGUAAACACCCUUGACCCACAAGCCUAAACAUGAUGGAAGUUAAGCAGAGCUCAACAAACGAUUUUAACACGCUAUCGACAGCCAACAGCAAUGGUAAGCCCGACGGCAUGGAUGUUAUAGCCGAAUUGGAGGCAACAAAACUGAAAAGUGAUUUAUUAAAUUCAAAUGACCUACCACAGAAUGGCCUACUCGGUGACGUAUCAAAUGGUUUCACCGAUGCCGGCGAUGGUUUGGAUCUCGAUGAAUUAAUCGAUUUAAAUGACUCUGUAGUAAAUCCUGAAUUGGAGGAUGCUCUACUGGCUGGAGAUGAUGACGAUGAUGAUGAGAGUGGUGCCAAUGUUGUAGAUAAGUUAUUAGCUGAAGUGGUGCCCAAAGCGGCUGCCGUAAUUGGGGGUGGAGAUCCAAAUGAUAAGGUCGACAGUAGUACUACAGCACCAACGCCAUCAUCGUCAGUAGCGGCGGCAACAUCUACUAGUCUAGAUAAUACCGGGGAUGAUCUUGAUAAGUUAAUCUCGAAAAUAAAUGAUCUCGAAGAUUGCAUUGAGACAACGUCUUCGACUAAGGACGAGCCGAUUAGCAAAAGUGUCCCAAAUGAAGGCACUGCAGCAAAUGAGAAGGUGACAGCGGUAACAACUGCUGAGGAAGAGUCCAUCUUGGAAGAUAAAGUUAAGGAAGAUGUGCAAGCAGAAAAUGCCACAGAACAGAAAACUGCUGAGAGCGUUGAAGCUCAUAAUGAUAAGGAAGUUAGUAAAGCGGAAGAUGAGGUUGAAAAAACUAGUAAGUCUGAUAAUGAUAAUUCUCCAGCGGGGAAAGAAAGCGAUGAUGUAAAUAGAAGCGGAAACAGCGAAAGUGUUCAGUUAGAUGAAGAGGCUGGUGCAAACGCAGAGGAAGCAAGUGCAAAGAAGCUUCAGGAUGAAAGUGGUAAAGAAGACACAGAGGAUGCUGUUAAUGGAGAUGCCGAAACGACGGAGACUGCAACUGGUGUUAACACAUCAGAAUCAGCUGCAAAAGCAGAUGAAAAAGAAAUUGCCGAAACAGUAGAUAAACAAACUAAAGAAGAAAUCGCAAAAGAUGAAGACCUGAAAAAAGGCUCAGCAACAACGGAGGCUGAUCAAAAAGAAGCCGGAGAAGCUGAUAAGCAGUUGCAAGGCGAAAAGGAUGACAAAGUUGAAGAUUCCGAUGACGAUAUUGUUUUCUUUGCUGCCAAACCGAAAGCAAGUACCGAGCAAGUGAACAGUGGCGAUGUUAAGAGCAAAAAAACCGGGGAGACCGAAGUAAAACCUAUGGAAGUUGACGAGGACGACGACGUCGUUUUACUGCUCGAUGACGAUGAAGAGUCAUUGACGGUCCAAAAAAGCAAAGAUUCUGCUGACAAAUCCAGCAGUGCUAUAACUGAUAAACUUGAAAGCACCGUCGAUGAAACGAAAUCCAAAGACACUAAGGAUAGUAGUGAAACAGCAAACGAACAGAAAGCGGAAAAAGCUCCACUGGAAGCAGAUAAAUCAGCGCUACAAUCUGACAAUUCCGAUAAUGCUUGCGACAAAUUUGAAAGUGAAAAGUCAACUAGUGCUGUUCAAAAGGAGGAUGAAGCGAAAUCAAAAUCUUCAGAAGUCGUCGACGACCUCAAUAGCAAUUGCAGCAGCAGCAGCAAUCUACUGCAAGAAACACAAACAGCCGAAAAAAUCGGCACAGCGGGCAGCACAGGCGAAGAUGAUGUCGUCGACGAGGCUGAGAAUGAAGAUGAUAUAGACGCCGACGCUGAUGGUGAUGAUGCUGAGAGUAGUAGCGCCAUCGAACUGGUGGAGGACGAUAGUCGGCACGCGAGUGACGAUAAAGAGUCGUUAGUACCACCCGCCAAACGCCCACGUUUAACUGAUGAGAUUGAUGAUAGUUUGAAGGCGGAACAAUCGGAAGAAUCCCGCAGCAGCAAUAAGUCUGCCGCGGCGGCGCCCAAAGCCGAUGUUGCAUUAGAGGUAAUUAAAAUAGCUGAAGAGAGUAAUGAUGCGGAAAACGGCGAGCAAGCGUUGGGCGUCCAAACAACGGGCGCAACAAAACGUGCACACGAAGUGCUGGACGAAAACAUAGCUGAGACGUCUAAAGGUGACUUAACAGGGGGUGUGGCAAAUAAAAAGACUAAAAUAGAGGAGGAGCCUGAUACAACAGUCGAUGUGCAGAAAUCAGACAUUGCAAAGGUAACUGACCUCGGUGAUCUGGCGGUCGAGAAAUUGACAACGGAUAUUAAAACGCCUGUAUCGAAAAUGGAAGAUGAAAAUAUCGAUUAUACAAAAGCAUUGCCACCGCUUCGCGCUGUAGCUUCAAACAUUCCAAUACCCCUCUAUCCGGCGCCCAUAUUCAGCACCGAAGCACCUGCAUUGAGUUUAGAUUUCUUCAAACGUUUCCGCAAAAACUUCGAUCAGCUUACCAAAGCCGAUUUGGAAGAAUUGGUACUGCAGAAAGUCGUCGAAGCCAUUGUGCACAAAAGUGAAUUUGCCGAAAUGCGCGAAACUAUCGAUAAGCAGGAGAAACAGAUCACAGCGCAUCGCGCCAAAAUAGCUGAAAUCUCAAAACAGUUUCGUGACUUGGAAAUGGUCCACAACCGCGUGCUAAAAGACAUCGAAACCAAGAACUCACAAUUCAUUAUGCCCGUCAAAAUCACACGCGCUGUUGGCCUACAGGUAUAUGUGCCCAGCAAACGUAGCGCAGAGACUGCGCCAUCCAGCAGCAGCCAACUACACGUGUCUACAUCACCACAACGUGGUCAAAUGCCACCGCCAUCAUCGCCACCACGCCAACCCAAUAGCACGUCGGACGCGCGUGGUGGGAAUACGGCGCUAGCGUCAGCGGCAGUGGCUGCCGCUAUGAAUGCGCGACGUGGUUGUGUUCAAAAAGUGACGCCCCAGCGGCCGGUGCCACCUGAUAACGGCAUGUCGCCAGUACCCCGUGCGCCCACAUAUCGUAUCAAUCCUGCACUGCAAACAUCAUUAGCACAGGGCUCGCAAACUGCAGCUGCUGCGGCUGGCGCAACAGCAACGCCACUAAAUCCCGGCAUGCCACGCGUACUAAAUAAGGGUGUGGCAUCGGGACAACAACAACGGCCCGGUCGUUUUCCACUUGCCGAACAACAACGUUCCCAACAGUUACAACAGCAACAAUGCGCACGUCAACAAGCGCAAAAUCCUAACGCACGUAAAAUAGCGCCAAAAACCACACAAUCGCCGCAGUUUCGACGUCCUAAUGAAACGUCACCGGGCACACCCGGCACAUAUGUGUACCAAUAUAUGAACCAAUUGAACGAAGCCUCGCCAGCCGUAGGCAGUGUGACUAUAACCUCGGCCAAGCCGAAGGAAAAGGCUGUCAUCGAUCUGACAGAUGAGGAUGAGGUGGCCAGCGCAAAUGCUGCAACACCAACGCCAACAUCAACGGCAGCACCGCAACGUGUUCUCAACCAAACAAUGAACACUGCCCGCGCUGUGCCACCGCUAACGCGUAUGCCGCUGAGCCAACCGACGGUGCGCUCAACGGCGGUGAGUGUGCGUCAACAAACUCCUAUGACAGCUUCGAAAACCAACAGCGCACUCAUGUCGAACAUCUCUACACCGCCCGGUACGAGCAUAACGCGCGUACACAUUAGUUCAGCAAAUAUGCCGCCCGCGCUGCCGGUACGCAAGUACAAUCAUCCAGCGCCGCUGCCAAGUACGCCGCCACAAUCCUUCAACCCUGCCUGGAAGUUGCCGCCACCGCGUCCCACUAUACGCAUUAGUAAUUUAGAGAAUGGGAUUGUCAUAUCGUGGACAAUGGAAGACUCCAUGGAGCGUUAUGCCGAAUGCGUUACUUAUCAAAUUUACGCCUAUCAGGAGACAUCUGGUCCGCCAGCUGUCGAUUCGUGGCGUCAUGUUGGCGAUGUGAAGGCUAUGCUACUGCCCAUGGCUGUGACGUUGACACAGUUCCAAGAAGGCCAGCGCUACUACUUUGCAGUGCGCGCUGUGGAUGAGCACAAGCGUUUAGGUCCAUUUAGUUUACCCAAAACAUGGACUUAAAUGUUUAGUAGGUUGUUUCCAAAUUUUCUGGUAUGGUUUUGUGUGAAGGAAAAUUGUUCAGUGGUUCGCAUGAGUUUUCAUUUUUAUUAUAAUUUUUAUUUUUUCAUUCUUUUUAAUUUCACAUAAGUUAAGUAUUUUAAUGAUAGGCAUUACACACCUCAUAUUUAUUGUUUAACAAAAGCCGAAUUAACUUUAUAACGUUAUAUUAAAAUUUAAAAUGUACUGUAUUUAUGAUAGGUUCCUUUGGAAAUUAAAAACUGGCUUCAGCAAACUGAUAAUGAAAUACAAAACACAGACAGAAUUACAAUAACAAACAGUUAGAUUUAAAAGAAUAUCAAGCAAUUAUAUAUAAUAUUGUUUUUUUUUUUUUAUUUGCUUUCCACCAUAUUAUUAUGUUUUGGUGAAUUCAAGACACCACAAAUACUUCUACAAUACUCUAGAAAUAUUGAAUUAUUCGUAAUUCUUAAAUUAGUUCUCAAUAAAAAUAGAUAUUAAUUAUAAAUAAAAGAAAAAGUGAAAUACAUAUUGGUAUAUUUGAGUAUAUUAAAUACAGCAUAUGUUUAACAUAAGUAAUUUUAAUCUACAUUAUAAUAUAAAUAUUAUCUUGAUAACAUAAAUACAUACAUACUUAUAUAAUAAUAAAAAA